AUGACCGGCGCCGAGCGCGCGUGGCUUUCCUCCACCGCCCCCGCCCCCCCCGCCGCCCCCGCCGCCCCCGCCGCCCGCAGGGCAGAUGCCCAGGCCGCGGCUGACCGGGAGGGUCUCUGUGCCGGGGAGCGCCUCUGCCGGGACAUCGAGUCCGGGCGGGUUCCCCUGCCGCAGGGAUUUGACGAUGUGUCGCACUUCCGGCUGCUGUUGCGGCUGGCCGGGCCGCCGAAGAGCCAGGAGCCGAUAGUCCCCAUCGGGACUGUCGGCCGGCUGAUGGGCCUGGACCGGGCCUCGACGAGGGUCCUCCUGGUGGAGUAUGGCUGGGAGUAUGGGAUCGCGCCGGGGCCGUGGCCAUCGAGGGCCAAGUCGCCGGGGGUGGGCCCCGGGGACCCGGUGCUCGAGGAUCUGCUGGCGCUGGCCCAGCGGGCCCCGCCGGUGCUGGGCAUCACCCUGGCACGGCUGCUGCGGCUGCCCCUGGCCCGGGUGAAUCCCCUGCUGAAGGCCCAUCUGCCGGACUUGGCCACCGACGAGCAUGUGUGCCUGUCUCGGCUGCGGCAGCUGAUGGCCGUGGUGCCGCGGCUGUCCAUCGACCAGAUGGCCAUCAUGCUGUCGGUGUCGUGGCGGCAAUUGUCGCUUGCCCUGCAGAAGCACAUGCCCGAGCAUCGGGACGUGCUGGUGUCACCGAGGCCGCAGGCCCAGAUGGAUGCCCUGCGUGAGAUGCUGAUGGUGUCGGGGCCGACCCUUGCGCGGUACCAGAUUUCCAAGGCCACCGGGGUGUCCCUGCCGGCGAUCGAUAUGCUGGGGCCCGGCCUGCAUGCGGAGUAUGCCAUCCGGUAUUGGGGGCCACUGUCGCCGAACAAGCAGACCCAACUGCGGGAGCUCCUUCACAGCCGGUGCAUGAGCCUGCGGGAGAUGGCGGCCGAGUUGAGGCUCUCGGUGGCCCGGAUCCGGUGGUACAUCAAGUACUAUGAGCCGGCGGUCAUCCUGCCGGGUGACUACGACCGGCCGGUGCGACAUCUGUCCCUGCCGAAGGCCGAUGUCAGCAUCAGCUUCUCGGACUAUGCGCGGCGCUUUUUGCCGGUCGGGUCGCCGGUGCGUCCGAGCGAUCGGCCGGUGCCCGAGGCGCCGGGCUGCCGGCCGGCUGACCGCGGGGCCGCCAGGGCCGAGCAGGACCUCCGGUCGCUGGUCCUGGGGAUGGAUGGCCGGGUGGUGGACCAGCUGCUGGGGCCGGCGGGCCUGCGGCCGCCGCUGACCAAGGCCGAGAUGGCCCGGUCGUUGGGGAUAACAAACCAAGCAGUGGCCCGGACCCUGGCCGGGGUGGAGGAAUGCCGGCGCUUGUGGCAGGACGGGCGUGUGGUGUUGGAUUUGCCGGAGUCGGAGGUGCGACAUUUGCGGCGCUUGGGGGGGCAGGUGCACCCGGCCGGCGGGCGCAUGUUGCACACGGUCCGGGACAUUGCCCAGCAAUUGGUCCUCUGCCCGGAUCGGACGUACUCCCUGUUGCAUCGGUAUUGUCCGGAGUACUUUUUCCUGGCCCUGCCCCCGGAGGCCGGGUCCGGCCCCGGGGGGAUGUUCGUGCCGGAGGCCAAGCUGCCCAUGUUGCUGGAUGUGGCCAUCCACCGGCCGUACGUGGAGCCGUUGCACCAGCUGGCGGCGGAUUUGGGCUGUGCCCUGCCGCAGGUGGUCAACUCGCUGGUGAAGUACCACCGGGGCAUCGGCCAGGCUUUCAAGCUGCCAUAUUACGCGCGGCAUCCCUGUGGGCGUCUGUUCGAGGCGAUUCAGCGGCUGACGCCGGCGGUGUCGGGCGACCCGGCCAAGCACCGGUGUGGUGAGAAGGCGAAGCUGAGCAAGGAGUAUCAGAAAUACAUGUGACGGCUGCCA